AUGCAUAUGUGUGUAAUGAAAAUCUCUUUCAGGUUUUCUGAUAAACCUGGAUGGAAACACACUCUGACAGUGCUGGACAAAUUCAUUCUCAUGGGAAUCACAGACCACCCUGAGCUGCAGGCUCCCUUAUUUGGGCUCUUCUUCAUCAUCUGCAUGAUCUCAGAGGUGAGCAACUUGGGCAUGGUCAUCCUCACUGAGAUGGACUCCAGGCUACAAACAUCCGUGUACUUUUUUCUCAGACACCUGGCUUUUACUGAUCUUGGUUACUCAACAACUGUAGGACCCAAAAUGUUAGUAAAUUUUGUUGUGGAUAAGAAUACAAUCUCUUAUUGUUUUUGUGCUAUAAAACUAGCUUUCUUUCUUAUAUUCAUUAUUAGUGAAGUUUUUAUUCAGUCAUCAAUUUCCUAUGACUGCUAUGUGGCCAUCUGUAACCCUCUGCUCUACCCAGUUAUUAUGUCACAAAGGGUUUGUCAAGUGCUGGCGGCAAUCUCAUAUCUCUACAGCACAUUUGCUUCUCUUCUACUCACCUUAAGGAUUUUUAAUUUGUCCUUUGUUUUCUUUGCUCUUCUCAGGCAUGAAGCUGAAAUGCCUAUUCUGAUCUUAGCUGGCUUUAAUUUGAUUAUCUCCCUUCUGAUAUAUUCCAUUGUAUAUAUACGACUUCUUCUAAUCAUUCUCAGGAUAAACUCUGCUGAGGGAAGUCACAAGGCUUUUUCUACCUGUGACUCCCACCUGACAGUGGUCAGAGUGUUCUACGGGACUUUGACAUUUAUGUAUGUUCACCCUAACUCAACCCAUUCCCUUGACACAGAUGAGACGGGCUCAGUCUUCUACACAGUGAUCAUUCCCAUGUUGAACCCCUUAACCUACAGCCUUAGGAGCAGGGAGCUGAAAGACACCCCUAAAAAAGCCAUCAAUAGAAACUAG